AUGAGGCCGCCCAAGCAUUGUUCCCGGUUUCCAGCAUGGCCGCCAUUACCUGACCAGCAACACGGCCGGUUUGUCCGCGGUGCCUGGAGAAGCUCCCACAUGGGUCUCUGCUUUUCACGGGGCAGGUUUCUCACCUCCGUUGCGUGGGAAGUGGCUUCUUUCUCCGGAGCAUGGCGCAAAAGCAGAACUAACUACCCGAAGCCUUCGCUCACUCUCAGGAUGCAGCUGGGGUGGACCCAAGGGGGCACGAUGUGGCUCCGCGUCCUGCUGACACUUCUGCUCUGUUCAAGCCUUGAGGGUCAAGAAAACUCUUUCACCAUCAACAGCAUCCACAUGCAGAUCCUGCCGAAGCAGGAGGUGCAAAACGGGGAGAACCUGACCCUGCGGUGCGUCGUGGAUGUCAGCACCACCUCGAGUGUCAAGCCUCAGCACCAGGUGCUGUUCUACAAGGAUGACGUGCUGUUUCACAACGUCUCCUCCAUGGAGAACACAGAGAGUUAUUUUAUUCCCCAAGCCCGGGUCUAUGACGCGGGGACAUAUAAAUGCACUGUGAUCCUGAACAACAAGGAGAAAACGACUGAGGAGUACCCGGUGUUGGUGAGAGGAGUGUCUGAUCCCAGGGUGACGCUGGACAAGAAGGAGGUCAUAGAAGGCGGGGUCGUGAUGGUCAACUGCUCUGUCCCAGAGGAAAAGGCUCCAAUACAUUUCACAAUUGAAAAAUUCGAACUAAAUGUAAAAGGCGUCAAGCAAAAAAGAGAAAAAACUUCCCAGAACCAGAAUUUUGUGACGCUGAAAUUCACAGUUGAGGAGCAAGACCAUGCUAUAUGGUUCCAAUGUCAAGCGAGGAUCGUUUCCGGGACCCACGUGGAGCCCUCUAGAUCCAUCAGGAGUGAACUGGUCACCGUGAGGGUUUUUUAAAGCACUGGCCUCGACUCCCUGAAAUGAUGCCUUGUGUGACCUGCAGUUUGGAAACCAUGGCUUUAAGCCAGUGAGGAUCAGACACCAGGAAGUAGGAUCUGGAGGGGAUCCAGAGGGAAGGGGGGCCAGGUCCUCAGCCUUUGCCGCCCAGGUUUUUUUUUUUUUUUUUUAAUUUAUUUAUUUUGGCUGCGCUGGGUCUUAGUUGCAGCACGCGGGAUCUUUUUUAGUUGUGGCAUGCG